UGAGUGUCCAACAAGCGCAGCCGGGAAGACCCGAGAGGAGCCUACAGAACACAGACAGGUCAGCGCGAGCGAGAUCAGCCGCCAUAGAGAGUUUGACGUGCUUAACGCGGGAAGACUGAAGCGAAAACAGUUCCCCGUGGCGUCCUCUUCACUGCCAUGGCUUCGAAGUUGAACCCGAAUGUCCUUUACGUCCGGGAGCCCCGGGUGUCCCUGUCCUCGCAGGACUCUGACAGACUGGCCCACCCCGAAGCCGGCGACGAAUCGUCAGACAGCGACGGAGAACCGGAGGAAACAUCACACAAGCUCAUUAGGAAAGUGUCAACCUCUGGACAGAUUCGCGCAAAGAAGAGUGUUAAGGAGGGACUUCUUCUCAAACAGACAAGCUCCUUUCAGAGAUGGAAGAGAAGGUACUUCAAACUUCGCGGGCGCACGCUCUACUAUGCCAAAGACUCAAAGUCACUCAUAUUUGAUGAGGUGGACUUAUCGGAUGCAAGCGUGGCUGAGACCAGCACCAAGAACAUAAACAACAGCUUCACGGUGAUCACUCCGUUCCGGAAGCUGAUGUUGUGUGCGGAGAGCAGAAAAGAGAUGGAAGACUGGAUCGGCGCUCUCAGGUCUGUGCAGAAAUGGGAAACGUAUGAGGCCAGUCAGUUUAACAUGGAGCACUUUUCGGGCAUGCAUAACUGGUACGCCUGCUCUCACGCCCGCCCCACCUUCUGUAACGUCUGCCGAGAGGCUCUGCCUGGAGUCACCUCACACGGCCUGUCCUGUGAAGUUUGUAAGUUCAAAGCCCAUAAGCGCUGUGCUGUCAGAUCCACCAACAACUGUAAAUGGACCACGCUGGCCUCCAUAGGAAAUGACAUCAUUGAAGAUGAGGAUGGAGUGGCUAUGCCUCAUCAAUGGUUAGAGGGGAAUCUUCCGGUCAGUGCUAAGUGUGUGGUGUGUGAUCGGAACUGCGGCAGUGUCCGCAGGCUGCAGGACUGGCGCUGUCUCUGGUGUAAAGCCAUUGUACAUAACAGUUGCAAAGAACACAUGGGGAAAGUCUGUCCCCUGGGCCAGUGUAAAGUCUCCAUCAUUCCUCCCACUGCUCUCAACAGUAUUGAUUCAGAUGGUUUCUGGAAGGCCACCAGUCCCUCCUGUUCCAGUCCCCUGCUGGUGCUGGUGAACUCGAAGAGCGGCGAUAACCAGGGGGUCAAGUUCCUCCGCAAGUUUAAACAGCUCCUCAACCCUGCACAGGUCUUUGACCUCAUGAAUGGCGGGCCCCAAUUAGGCCUGCGGCUGUUUCAGAAGUUUGUGACGUUUCGUGUGCUGGUGUGUGGAGGAGACGGCAGCGUGGGCUGGGUUCUCUCCGAGCUGGAUAAGAUGGGACUCCAUAAACAGUGUCAGCUGGGAGUCCUGCCCCUGGGCACGGGGAACGACCUGGCCCGAGUGCUGGGCUGGGGAGGCCUGUGUGACGACGACGCCCAGCUCCUGCAGAUCCUGGAGAAACUGGAGAGAGCCACCACCAAAAUGCUGGACAGGUGGAGUGUAAUGACCUAUGAAAUUCCCACCAAAAACACCCCUGUCAUCGUGAAAGAAGAUGAGCCGUCGGACUCACCACUGCAGAUUACUCAGUAUGCAGACUCUGUUGCUUUUCAUCUCACUAAAAUCCUGGACUCUGAUAAACACAGUGACGUCAUAUCCUCUGCCAAGUUUCUGUGUGGGACGGUGAAUGACUUUGUAGCGGAGGUGGGUAAAGCCUAUGAGAGAGCUGCAGAGAAUAAGGAAGAGGCAGAUGCUAUGGCUAAAAAGUGCGCCAUGCUGAACGAGAAGCUGGACUCUCUGGUCAAAGCCCUGAGCGAGGAGGCUGACGCCCAGCCGGUGCCCGCCGGCUCCCAGUCGCCCGAGCAGGAGGACGAGAGGGGGAACCAGGAGGCCCCCGGGGUCCCCCGACCCUUCAGGUCCAGAGAGCAGCUGAUGCUGAGGGCGAACAGCUUAAAGAAGGCCCUCAGGCAGAUCAUCGAGCAGGCGGAGAAAGUGGUUGAUGAGCAGAACAGACACACCCAAGUCCAAAGGAUGUCGUCAUCCUCUUCCAUAAAGAGACAAAGCAGCGAUGAAAAAGACACAGAACCACGCCAGAGCGCUCUCAGCCCAACCUCCACAACUCCUACUGCCCUCGACAAGUCUGACAGCUUCACCACCAUGGCCUUCACUGAAGAGUCUGUCCAGUGCACUGAGAAAUGCGUCAUGAACAACUACUUUGGCAUCGGCCUCGACGCCAAAAUAUCGCUGGAGUUUAACAACAAGAGAGAUGAGCAUCCGAAGAAAUGCAGCAGUCGGACUAAAAACAUGAUGUGGUACGGUGUUCUGGGGACCAAGGAGCUGGUACAGAAAACCUAUAAGAACCUGGAACAGCGGGUUCAGCUGGAGUGUGAUGGUGUACCCAUUUCCCUACCCAGUCUGCAGGGUCUGGCGGUGUUGAACAUUCCCAGUUAUGCCGGAGGCAUUAACUUCUGGGGCGGCACCAAGGAAGACAACAAUUUCGGAGCUCCGUCUUUUGAUGAUAAGAAGCUGGAGGUGGUGGCUGUGUUUGGGAGCAUGCAGAUGGCUAUGUCUAGAGUGAUUAACUUACAGCAUCACCGAAUAGCACAGUGUCGACAGGUGAAAAUCACUAUCCUGGGGGACGAGGGUGUACCCGUUCAGGUGGACGGAGAGGCCUGGGUCCAGCCGCCCGGUAUCGUCAAAAUCGUCCACAAGAACAGGGCUCAGAUGCUCACCAGAGAUCGGGCGUUUGAAAACACACUGAAAUCCUGGGAAGACAAAAGGAAGUGUGACGUCUAUCGAUCCAGCAGGCCACGCCUAAACUCCCAGCAGUCCAUGGAGUAUCUGACAGAGGAGGAGUGUUCACAGGUGCAGCAGCUGGGACUGGUUGCCGACACACUCAUUAACAGAAUAAGGGAAGUUGCUAACACCCAUAAGGUGGUGGAACAGGAACUAGCCCAUGCAGUCAACGCCACUUCCUCAGUGCUCAGUGAAGCCUUCCCAUCCAAACCCUCCAGCCCUGAGUGCCUGAGUCGCAGCACAGCAGUGGAAAUCGUCAACAGCAGUAAAGUCUUGCAGCAGGAGACCAAGAUGCUUCUGGAGGGAAAACUCCUGCAGCUUGAAUCUCCUCAGGAAGAGGAGUUGCUCUCCACGCUGAACAGUUUGAGUGCAGAAUUGCUUAAACUGGAGGAUAUUCACUGGAUCUGUCCCAGUAUUCACAGCACAGAGGAGGACUCAUCCAGAGUGAGUGGUAAGAGCAGCAUUAAGCUGAAGAUCAUGCCCAAGGUGAAGAAGGAGAGAGAAAAACUACAUAAGCAGAAAUCCAACAGUUCACUGUCAGAGAGGUGGGAUUCGGAGGAGGUAGGAGUUUGGCUGGAGUCUCUGGGGUUAGGAGAGUACAGAGAGAUAUUUGUGGGCAAGGACAUCCAGGGCUGCCAGUUGCAUCAGCUCCAGAGGCAAGACCUCAAGGAACUUGGGAUAUCAAAGGUGGGCCAUGUGAAGCGGAUUCUGCAGGCAAUUAAAGAUCUGGACUAGCAGGGUUUAAGACUAGGAGCUGUGGGCUGGUCCUCCAAUAGACUGUUCUCAGAUCAGUGAGUGAGCUGCCGGAGCAGACCAACACAACCCACUGGCACCGGUGGAGGGUGCUGCUGUGACAGGCAUGGCAUCGCAUUGCAUUGCAUCAACGUUGUGGUUACGUUCUAUGUUCGUUUUGCCUUGCUGAUGGUUCGACGGUGCCAUAAGGAGAAGCUGCCAUCAUCAGAGGGUCGGAGUGGACUCCAAGUCCCAAAAGCCACUUCUCUCUCUCUCUCCUCUCUCUCUGUCUCUCUCUCUUUUUCUCCUAGUUCCUUUAUAAAACUUUUCGAAGAGCUUAUGUGGAACUCUCAUGCAUUCGAUGGACUUGGUUUUUAACGCUCUUCUUUUUUUUUCUGACUCUUAACUUUUUUCAGCUCUUUCUGUACUUGCUCAUUCAAAGCCAUGAGACACAAAUGAAAAUUUUGCUUUUUGGAAAAAAAAACAAAAACAAAAACAACAA